AUGAUUAUUAAAUCAAGGCAUCAAAAUUUUGAAAUCGAAUAUCUCGCUGGCCGAAUCGAAUCGCUCCACAUCGCAUACGCAGGAGACGACGACGUUAAGGAGAUUUCUCUCGCCUCUGUUUCCUCUGAUUCAAACUCGGAAACAAUGGGGAGCUUGGGCACGAUGCUGAGAUAUCCGGAUGAUAUCUAUCCGCUCUUGAAAAUGAAACGCGCGAUCGAUAAAGCGGAGAAGCAGAUCCCGCCGGAGCCACACUGGGGUUUCUGCUAUUCGAUGCUCCACAAGGUUUCUCGAAGCUUCUCUCUCGUUAUCCAGCAACUAGGUACCGAGCUUCGUAACGCUGUGUGUGUGUUCUACUUGGUUCUCCGAGCUCUUGAUACUGUCGAGGAUGACACAAGCAUACCAACUGAUGAGAAGCUUCCCAUCUUGAUAGCUUUCCACAAGCACAUAUAUAAUACUGAGUGGCACUAUUCAUGUGGUACGAAGGAGUACAAGGUUUUGAUGGACCAAUUUCACCAUGUUGCUGCAGCCUUUUUGGAACUUGAAAAAGGGUAUCAAGAGGCUAUCGAGGAAAUUACUAAGAGAAUGGGUGCAGGAAUGGCCAAGUUUAUCUGCCAGGAGGUAGAAACUGUUGAGGACUACGAUGAGUACUGCCACUAUGUUGCUGGACUUGUGGGUCUAGGUCUGUCUAAACUCUUCCUUGCUUCGGGAUCAGAAGUUUUGACUCCAGACUGGGAGCAUAUUUCCAAUUCAAUGGGUUUAUUUCUUCAGAAAACAAACAUUAUCAGAGAUUAUCUGGAGGACAUCAAUGAGAUACCAAAGUCCCGCAUGUUUUGGCCUCGCAAAAUUUGGGGAAAAUAUGCUGAGAAGCUCGAGGACUUAAAAUAUGAGAAGAACUCAACCAAAGCAGUGCAGUGCUUGAAUGAAAUGGUCACCAAUGCAUUGAUGCAUAUUGAAGACUGCCUGAAAUACAUGGUUUCCUUGCGUGAUCCUUCCAUAUUUCGGUUCUGUGCCAUCCCUCAGAUCAUGGCGAUUGGAACACUUGCCUUAUGUUAUAACAAUGUACAACUAUUUAGAGGCGUCGUGAAACUGAGAAGAGGUCUGACUGCUAAAGUGAUUGAUCGCACGAAGACAAUGGCUGAUGUCUAUGGUGCGUUCUAUGAUUUUUGUUGCAUGCUGAAGACGAAGGUUGACAAGAACGAUCCAAAUGCCACAAAGACACUAGACCGACUUGAAGUCGUUCAGAAAGUCUGCAGAGACACUGGAGUCCUUCAUAAGAGAAAAUCUUAUGUGAAUGACAAAGGACAAUCAAACAAUGUCUAUAUUGUAAUGCUUGUGAUUCUACUGGCCAUAGUCUUUGCAUAUCUCAGAGCAAACCGAGUGAUGGAGUAA